UAAAACAAAAUCCAAAAACUCCCCCACUAACUACAAAACAAACAACAAUCUCUCUCUCUCCAAAAAAACCAAACUUUCUUUUCUCUCUCCAAAAACUUCCUCACACGCAAAAGAAUCCAAACCAAUUCGCCUUGUUUUUGAUGGUGUGUGAUUACUACAAGUUUUAUUAAGCGUUAUUAUUUACUUCUGCCUUUUGAAUAUUGGUGUUUGUUCUUGCUGGUGUCUCCAUUGAUGGUUGUUCAGCUGCUGUCUACAUACAUACGAUUCUGUCACUUGAAAAGAAGAAAGCUCUAGUCUUGUUAUCACCAUACUACUAUUAUUAUUUUAAUACAAUUUUUUACUUUGUCUGUCUGUAUCCCUGUGUGUAUAUACUCGGGGAGGCUUCUUUAGGAAAUUAAUGGGCAUUCCUUGAAUUGAAUAUCUUCAGUCAUGGAUCAGGAGACUGGCGUUUACCGAAACUACGCUAAGAAGGAAUCAUGGAGAACAGUAUUGACUUUGGCAUACCAAAGCCUUGGAGUUGUCUAUGGGGAUUUAAGCACUUCUCCUUUAUAUGUUUACAAAAGCACAUUUGAAGAAGAUAUUCAACACUCUGAGACAAAUGAAGAAAUCUAUGGUGUUUUAUCUUUUGUUUUCUGGACUCUCACUUUGGUGCCUUUGCUCAAAUAUGUGUUUAUAGUGCUUAGAGCUGAUGAUAAUGGUGAAGGAGGGACUUUUGCCUUGUAUUCAUUGCUCUGUCGACACGCCCGAGUCAACUUCCUGCCCAAUUGCCAAUUGGCAGAUGAAGAAUUAAUUGAGUACAAGAAGGAUAGUAUUGGUGUGGCACCAAAAUCAACAUUUGGUUCUAGUUUGAAAUCCACUUUGGAGAAGCAUAGGGUGUUGCAAAGGUUCUUGCUUGUUCUUGCCCUGAUUGGGACCUGUAUGGUGAUUGGUGACGGUAUCCUCACACCAGCUAUUUCAGUUUUCUCUGCGGUGUCAGGGCUUGAGCUUUCGAUGUCAAAAGAGCAUCACAAAUAUGUAGAGGUUCCAGUCGCAUGCAUCAUACUGAUAGGCUUGUUCGCCCUUCAACAUUAUGGCACACACAGGGUUGGGUUUUUGUUUGCACCUGUGGUUCUAAUAUGGCUUCUUUGCAUCAGUGCCAUUGGGUUAUAUAAUAUCAUUCACUGGAAUCCUCAUGUGUAUCAAGCACUCUCUCCGUAUUACAUGUACAAAUUUUUGAGGAAAACACAGAGAGGAGGUUGGAUGUCCCUGGGCGGUAUUUUAUUGUGUAUAACAGGCUCAGAAGCUAUGUUUGCUGAUCUUGGACAUUUUUCACAAUUGUCAAUAAAGAUUGCUUUUACCUCUUUGGUUUAUCCAUCCUUGGUUCUUGCAUACAUGGGGCAAGCUGCCUAUCUGUCUCGGCAUCAUAUUAUCGAAAGUGAUUACCGAAUUGGAUUUUAUGUAUCUGUACCAGAGAAGUUAAGAUGGCCAGUUCUGGUUAUAGCCAUACUUGCUGCAGUAGUGGGAAGCCAAGCUAUCAUAACUGGAACGUUCUCAAUCAUCAAGCAGUGCUCUGCUCUUGGCUGCUUCCCAAGAGUCAAAAUAGUCCACACAUCAUCCAAAAUCCAUGGUCAGAUCUACAUUCCAGAGAUUAACUGGCUCCUCAUGAUAUUAUGCUUGGCAGUUACUGUUGGCUUUAGAGACACAAAGCGCAUGGGCAAUGCAUCAGGUUUGGCUGUUAUAACUGUUAUGCUGGUUACAACUUGCCUAAUGUCAUUGGUAAUUGUGUUAUGCUGGCAAAAGAGUGUGUUCUUCGCAAUAGGCUUUGUUUUCUUUUUUGGUACAAUUGAAGCACUCUACUUUACUGCUUCCCUCAUCAAGUUCCUUGAAGGGGCCUGGGUUCCAAUUGCUCUUGCAUUCAUCUUCCUGAUAAUCAUGUGUGUUUGGCACUAUGGCACACUGAAAAAGUACGAGUUUGAUGUUCAAAACAAGGUCUCCAUCAACUGGUUACUUAGCUUGGGUCCUAGUCUAGGCAUAGUACGGGUUCGUGGGAUUGGACUUGUACACACAGAGCUUGUAUCUGGAAUCCCUGCAAUCUUCUCCCACUUUGUCACUAAUCUUCCAGCCUUCCACCAGGUCCUAGUCUUUCUUUGCAUCAAAUCUGUCCCAGUUCCUCAUGUUAGACCUGAAGAGCGGUUUCUGGUGGGUCAUAUUGGCCCUAGGGAGUUCAGGCUCUAUAGGUGCAUUGUACGAUAUGGGUAUCGUGAUGUUCACAAAGAUGACAUGGAGUUUGAGAAAGAUCUUGUUUGCAGCAUAGCAGAGUUUAUACGCUCAGGAAGUGUUGCACCUGCCAGUGAUAAUGAAGAUGUGGUGAAGGAUGAUGAUAAAAUGACGGUGGUUGGAACAUGUUCUAGCCAUACAGAAGGGAUUCAAAUGAGUGAGGAUGAUGCAGACAACAUAGAGGCUGCUGGACCAUCAGAGUUGAAGGAGAUACGGUCACCACCUGCGAUUAAAGCUAGAAAAAGAGUAAGAUUUAUUGUACCGGAGAGCCCACAGAUAGACUCUGGUGCAAGGGAAGAGCUGCAGGAACUUAUGGAAGCUAGGGAAGCGGGGAUAGCUUACAUACUAGGGCACUCGUACGUUAGAGCGAAGCAAGGAUCUAGCCUAAUAAAGAAACUUGUAAUUAACUUGGGGUAUGAAUUUUUGAGAAGAAACAGCCGUCCGCCCACCUAUGCACUAAGCGUUCCUCAUGUAUCUACUUUGGAGGUGGGGAUGAUAUACCAUGUAUAAACCUUUUUAAUUUUUUGUUUUGUUUUGUUUUAAAUGGGAUAACCAUGUUUAAUUUUGGUCAUAUAGAAAUGGUAUAAAUGUAUCAUGAUGUACAUGUUUACAAUGCUGUGCAAUAGAUGAAAAGAGACAUGGUUCCCUUUAAUAGCAACAAAUGGCAAUGUUCUCUAUC